CCAGUUGCCUGCCCCAACCAUUGUUACUCGAUCCAUAGAUUAAUCUCGUUAUCUUUAAUCUUAUCCAUCGCUCAUACCUAAGUACUUAGAAUGCCAUCAAUCGUUCAUACUAAAGGAAACUGAAAGAAGCUUCAAGAACCGAAGAAAUGGCGAAAAGUGAGGAAGAAAGGGAUGAAAUAAAGUGUAGGGUUAGUAGUAGUUUAUUAUAAAAUCCCACAAAAAGGGGUGUGGAACAGUGAAAUGAAGACGGGGGUGGGGUUUCUAAGUUAAAAAAUGGGAAAUGGACAAAGCAUGAGAGAGUGAGCUUUCCGGCACUCUGUUCGCGAGGGCUCCUCGGGGUUUCCAAAAUCCACUGUUGGCGUGUACACCCAUUAUCGACGGAGUGUGAGCGUGAUGAAGGGAAGGGUGGUGGCUCCCCUUUGCGCUGUCUCUCUGCGGAUGAUUGAUAUUCGGAGCGUAACGGUCGGAGGUUGAAACCCUAAUUUCAUUUCGGAGGCCCUAAUCCGCUGCUGAUCGGCAAAUGCGGCGUUGAAGAUUUAUACUAAAAAUUUGCGAUUUUGAAGCCUUUUGGUGCUGAUGUUCAUUGAAUACAGCAAAGGAAGAAAAAACUGUUGGAAAAACAGUAUUGUGGCAAGUUGGUAAAGAUGUUAUUCAGUAAAGAAAUUCACAGUUUGCAUGAUGAUGGCUUUGAGGGGUCAAGUAGUGAGCAUCGUAUUUUUUCAGAGGUUUUCUUCGGAAAUGGCCAUGAUAGAGCCAGUAAGAGGUGUCUUGUCAAUCCAGUUUUUAAUAUUGGAAGUAGUUACUGUAAGCAGGCAGAUGUAUCACUUUGCUCAAACAGUGGCAACUCGGCCAUAACAAGUCAGGUGGAUUCUUGGACUGUAGCAGAGAAUUCACUGGAGAAUUCUGUACCAGAGUGUUCCUCAGGAGGACAUGCCUUGUUGAUGAGGGGCAUCCACAAUGUGAAUGGUAAGCGAAUAAAGUUAUCAGUUGAUGAGCUUUCUUAUUUGGGACCUUACUCUAGAGGGAUUAUGAAUUCGGCUGAUACCUCAAGAGGUACCACUUCAGGUAUGCCCCUUUCAGCUUCAGAAUCUGUUUGUUGUUCCGUAUCAUGUCGAUUAGUUGAAUCAUCUAGCCGGGGUGUCAUUUCUAGUUGUUAUUUGCUCAAGCAACAUGCUGAUAAAGACUCAGAACAUAAUAUGGGCAACGGGGAUGUUUCUAAGAGUAGGCUUCGAAGCUCAGCUGGAACCAAUGGAAAGGAAGUCGGUGCAAGUAAACCUAUUGCGUCACCUGUUUCUCAGGAGAGCUCUGCAAGCAAGCUUUUGGUUACAACUCCAUUGGCCGCUGUUGCAAUUAAGUCUGGAAGUGGUGAGGAAAGAAUGAAGUCAUCCAAUAAUAAUGAACUUCCCAUAUCUAAAAUGUCAGUGAAUCAAGAUUUCAUGAAGGAUCCCCGCCCUAUUUUACGCAACCAUUCCCAGAACUUAUUUAGAGCAGCAGGAUGGAAGAUUGGGAGGCGUAAAAGAGGUGAUAAGUUUAAUGGGGAAUUUCUUUAUUUCUCACCUCAGGGAGGGAGGGGGCCUAUCCGUGAGUUCCAUAGAGCCUGGAAGUUAUGUGGUCAGAGAUUGUUUGCAGAUAGAAACAUUGUUGUUCAGGAAGAUAGUAAGCAGUGGACUAAUAUGAGUGAUUUCUGGUCAGAUCUAUCUAAUACACUAAGAAAAAUUGAGGAGGAACUUAACAAUACCGAAAAUACUAAUGCACUGGCCCAUCAGUGGUGUCUUCUCGAUCCAUUUGCUAACAUGGUAUUUGUUGACAAGAAGCUUGGUGCACUAAAAGCAGGACAAGUAGUUAAAUCAAGAAGUUUUGUGAUUGAUGCAUCCACAAAAGAUGCUGCUGCUUUGGACUUCAAAAACAUGAAUCUUAGAGACCAGUCAGAACGACGAUUGCCAGAUCAGCUUCAUGAUUCUUUUCCAGUAAAGGGAAGUGUAUUGACAGAUUCUGGAGGGAACCACAGUGUGUGCAACGAACAACAUGGUAUUGGAGUUUUUUCAAAUUGUGGACAGUUGCAAGGGGGGGUGAUUAAUUCUCUCGAGGGAGUGUCAGUUUAUGCAUACAAAGAUACGUGCAAACGCCCCAGAGAUACAAUCAGUGGGACAGGAACUCAACACACAGGUAUCUCUAUGACUGAAAGAGGCAAUGAUGGUCCAAAUUCUUCACAAGCUUGUGGGGUAGAUGGUGCUUGUGACCAUUCAAAGAGUCAUAUGUUUGAAGUUUCCCUCACUUCUGGAAAUGCAAAUAUCAUUCUUGGAGGGCCUGAAACUGUCUCUACUCAUGAAGAUAGCAAUGUGAAUUCCUCAAGAGAUGAUCACAGAUUUGGCGAUGGUGAGGAAAUGGGUUUGGGAUUCAACAAGACAGUAUCAGUGAAUUCUUCAGGAGGCAAAAGUCUGAGUGAAGAAGAGUUGGAGUCCUUGUCUGACCAUCCAAGCUGGAGAAAUGAUGAUCUGGUCCAAUCUCAGUAUGAAGAUAUGACACGUUUAGAUAGUGUUUUGUGCAACCCGUCUAUUGUUGAAAAUAGCCAUUUGGUGGAUGCCAAUAAUAUGGAGAUCCUGCAACAUUCUGGGAUUACUCAAAAGGUCAGUGGGUGGUGCAUUGCAGAUUCAAAAUUUGUGUUGAAUGAUGCAUCUUCUGGAGCUGAUACCAUCUUGAAAAGGAAGACACACAAGAAGUCAAAAAAGAUAUCUGAAAUCAAACUAGCUGCAUAUUGUCAGAAUGACAAGUUAGGUCGAGCCACUAAUAAGGCUGGAGGACAUGAAUUUGAUGAGAAUAUCAUUCAGUCAGAUUCUGGAAAAGCUCAGAAUUCUGCCAUAGCUAGUAUUAGCAUUAUGAGAAACGAGAGAAGUAGCAAAAAAGAGUUCAUUUGCUCUUCUCAGCUUCAGAAGAAGAAACAAUCAAGGCUUGGAAAGUUCCAUCAUGGUUCUCGUGCUUCUAAGAAAUUAAAUAAUUUGUCUAAUGAUGAUGAACAUUCCAAGGAAUUCGAGUAUGUAAAUGACGCUGAUGAAUCGCCAAUGCAUGCAAAGAAUGAAUGCCUGGACCUUGAAACUUGGAGGAACGAUAUCAAAUCAGAAAGACAUGAAACUCAAAAUGAAAAUGGACAUAAGAGGUCAAUUGCAUGCCAGCAUAGUGAUGAUGAUCUUUUGAUUUCAGCUGUCAUAAAAAACAAAACCUUCAGAGCAGCUGGCAGAGAAUGUGCUCGCAAAAUGAAAUCACGCAGAACUGUGAGAAGACGCAAGAGCCAAAAGGGAAGCUGCAGGUUGUUGCCAAGGAGUCUGGGCAAGGGGGGGAAGCACAUGGAAGGGAAGUGGUCCCUAUUUAGUGUAAGAACAGUGUUGUCCUGGCUAAUUAACUCCAGAGUUAUUUCUCUUAAUGAAAUAAUCCAGUACCGGAAUCUGAAGGAUGAUACUGUGGUGAAAGAUGGUGUGAUUACUCAAGAUGGGAUCUUGUGCAAGUGUUGCAGUGAGGUGCUUUCUGUCUCCAGGUUCAGAAACCAUGCUGGUUUUAGGCUAAAUCGUCCCUGCAUGAAUCUUGUCAUGGAGUCUGGUAAGCCAUUCACUUUAUGCCAGCUUGAGGCUUGGUCAGCUGAAUACAGGGCCAGGAAAAGUGCCAUUCAAACUGUUCAGGUUGAUGAAUUGGAUCAGAAUGAUGACAGUUGUGGCCUCUGUGGCUAUGGGGGCGAGCUGAUAUGUUGUGAUAACUGUCCGUCCACUUUUCACCAGGCAUGCUUGUAUGCACAGGAGCUCCCUGAAGGCAAUUGGUAUUGUCCGCACUGCAUCUGUCGCAUUUGUGGUGAUGUGGUUAUGCUUAAUGAUAAAGAUGCUUCAAUGUCACCUCCACUGCAGUGUGCACAGUGCGAGCAUAAAUACCACAAGGCCUGCUUGAAAGGGAGGGGUGCAUUUGGAGAAGCAGCUUCUGAUACCCGGUUCUGUGGUGAAAGUUGCCAAGGGGUUUACUUGGGCCUUCACUCCUGCAUUGGACUUGUCAAUCUUCUCUCUGAUGGUUUCUCUUGGACACUUAUGAGGUGCAUUCAUGGUGAUCACAGAGUUCAUUCGGCUCAAAAGUUUAUUGCUUUGAAGGCAGAAUGUAACUCGAAGCUGGCUGUUGCUCUUACAAUUAUGGAGGAAUGCUUUGUCUCCAUGGUGGAUCCAAGAACAGGCAUAGACAUGAUACCUCAUGUAUUAUACAACUGGGGGUCAAAAUUUGCACGUCUAAACUAUCAUGGAUUUUACACUGUGAUCUUGGAAAAAGAUGACGUGCUGUUGUCCGCUGCCUCAGUCAGGAUCCAUGGAGUAACAGUUGCGGAGAUGCCACUUAUCGCAACGUGCAGUAAGUACCGCCGCCAGGGAAUGUGUCGACGCCUCAUGAAUGCCAUUGAAGAGAUGCUGAAAUCUUUCAAGGUCAAGAAGCUCGUCAUAUCUGCGAUUCCCAGUGUGGUGGAGACGUGGACGGUUGGCUUUGGCUUUGAGCCCUUGGAAGAAGAUGAGAGGAGGAGCCUGAGUAACAUCAACUUGAUGGUUUUCCCCGGCACAGUAUGGUUAAAGAAGACGAUCCAUGAAAACCUAGCACCCGAUCAAGACUCACAUGACAAUCCAACCACAAGAGGUCCUUGCUCCGAAGAGGUGCCCAUCGAUGGAAGCUCUGUGGUUGCUGGUGGAUCUGCAAGCCAGAAUACCAACCCCGACAACAGUGAGGGGACAAUCGCCAAUGGAAGCUCUUCGACGAAGGAAGUUGCUAGUGGAAAUAUCUGCAGCAAGCACAUGCAAGAAAACGUUCAAAGAGCUUCAACAGCUGCAGGAUCUCAACUUGAAAUGGUUUGUCAUGUAGAAUCUGAGGUUAUGUAUGAUGAUGAGAAAGAACCUUCUUCAGCUAAAGAGGUAGGAGAGUCCCAACUUGAGACGGCUGCUUGUCAUGUAGAAUCUGGGGUUAUGUAUGGUGAUGAGUGGAAGCUUUCCUUGGGUGAACAGUCACAGGACUCUCUUAUACCGCAAGAUAAUGAUAAAUAAAAUCAUAUAUUUGGGAAAACUUUUGUUGCUGCCAAGGAUUCCUUAUUUGGAUAUGGAAAGGCUAGAUAAAUAUUGUUGGUGUCAAUAGAAUUGUCUCCCAAAAAGAUUUGAAAUUUUACUUUCACGAUACCAUUUCUUUUA